AAUUUAUUUCCACUUUCUCGAAUGGCAUCGUUGCUGCUCGGAGCGCGGCAGGAUGGCCUUCAAGCACUGCUGCUGUCGACUGCCGCCGAGCUUGCCCGCGGCACCAGCGAUGCACGCACGCUGAGCCAUCCCGACGCACUGUGGGACGCACUCACUGCGCUGUUGCACGAGUGCCGAUCGUCCAAGCAUCUCAAAGACAAGAAUGCAACCGCCUUUGUUGCCCAGGCCCGUGACCAGAUCGAGCAGAUUGCCAAACUCAGGCCCAACGCAUCUGACUUUGACACAUUGAAAGUCAUUGGCAAAGGUGCCUUUGGUCAGGUCUCGUUGGUCAAGUGCAAGCUGAACGGCAACACGUAUGCCAUGAAAAAGCUCAACAAGGCCGAAAUGCUGCGUCAGCGCGAAACGGCGUUCUUCAAAGAGGAGCGAGAUGUUCUUGUCGCAGCCUCCUCGCGCUGGAUUUCGUCCAUUCUCUGCUCGUUCCAAGACGAUUACUUUUUGUACCUCGUCCUGGAGUACAUUCCUGGCGGCGACAUGGCGACUCUGUUGCUCAAGCGAGACGCGCUCAAAGAGUCGGAAGUGCGCUUUUACAUUGCCGAGACGGUGCUGGCGAUCGAGGCAGUGCACCGUGCUGGGUAUGCGCAUCGUGACAUCAAGCCUGAUAAUUUGCUGAUUGACCGUCAAGGACACAUCAAGUUGGUCGACUUUGGCUCGUGCCAAAAACUCAACGCUAACGGCAAAAUCAAGUCCUCGACAGCGGUGGGCACGCCUGAUUACAUUUCGCCAGAAGUUUUGACUUCCACCGACGGCGACAAGGAGUACGGUCCGGAAUGUGACUGGUGGUCUCUGGGAAUCUGCAUGUACGAGUUUCUGUUUGGAACCCCGCCGUUUUACGACGAUACCCUGCUCGGCACAUACGGUAAAAUCAUGAAACACGCCCACAGCUUGAAGAUUCCAAAGCAGAACGACGACGGCGACGACAUUUCCCCGGAGGCGACAAGUUUGCUCCACGCGCUGCUGUGCGCACCUGGUGACCGCUUGCGGAAUGCCACUGAAAUCAAGCAGCACCCGUUCUUUGCUGACGUCGACUGGGCGACCUUGUCGUCGUCCACCGCGCCCCUCGUUCCAGAGCUCGCAGACGAUGCAGACACUCGCCAUUUUGAUGACAUGAGCGACGAUGAGGAUCAGCCUGCUCCUUCGCCUUACAGUGUGGCCGCUCGGCGUCAGUCCCGUGGUGCUCGUGACGACAUUUCUGCUUUUGGCUUUCAGCUGCCAUUUGUCGGGUAUUCGUUUACGCCCGAGCUGGUGGAAAGCCUCCAACAAAGUGCUGCUGCCAGUGGUGCCGGCACUGCUGUUGCUGCUGCUGCUGCUGCUUCUUCUUCUUUUUCUUCUUCUUCUGCGGUAGCGAGUGGAGAAGCGGCGGAGGCGGCUGCGCCUCGCGUGUCGUCGGCCAACUCGCUUGCCGUUGAGGCCGACGCAAUCAAACAGGCUUUUGUCAAGGCGCAGGAAAACCUGACGCUCUCGACCAAAAUUCGCGACGACCUGACCCAAGAAGUUGGUGCUCUGCGUCUGCGGUUGAACAUGGAGCGUGCGGCACAGAUUGCCUCCAACCGACAUUUGCAGGCAUCGCAGUCGCGGCUGGAGGAGCAGGCGGCUGCGUUGAAGCGCGCCGACGCCGAACGCAAUCUCUUCAAAACCCAGACCGAGCAGCUCGAGCAGGACGCCACCAAGCUGGCUCAUGACAACCAGGCGCUGCGCGAACAGCUUGCUGCCGCACAGAACAAGAACGCCGAAAUCACCGCCCACAACCAGGACAACUUGAACAUGUCCGAGGAGCAGCUCGCCAAACUCAAGGCCGACGUCGAGGAGGCUCACCAGCGAUCGCGGUCGUUCGCCACGCACUUUGAGCAAGAGCGUGCCCUCACCCAGGCGGCUCAGCAAGAAGCCCGAAAGCUCGACCACAAAAUUGCCACCUUGGAGUUUGCUCUGGAAGAGCGCGAAGCGCUGCUCAAUGAGACCAAGAAUGCUCGUGCUGCGCUGCAGUCGCAGGUGGAUGCGCUUGUGUCGCAGCUGGCCGAGCAGCAAGCCCAUCUGGAGACCCAGUCCCACGCCAAGGCGCAGCUGGAAGGCCAGCAAACGGUCAUGAAGGAUCGUGUGAGCAACCUCGAGUCUGAGCAAGCCAUCAAUCACAAGCAAAUUCAGGCGCUGCUGGGUGCGUUGCAGGCUCGUGAAACCGAGUUGGACACGGCCAAGACGGCCUUGAUGACUGCAGCACACGCUAUGCGGCAGGUGCAACAACACCGCGCGGCAACUGCGGCGGCGGCGGCGGCUGCCGCUGCCAACGCCACCGUCUCGCCUGCCGCUGAAGAGCAAAUCUCGCAACUCAAACAAGCUCUGCUCAAGGCCGAGUCUGACUUGGACGAGGCGCGCUGGAAGAACAACAAACUGAAGAAGGAUCGCGUGCAGAACAUGAAGCAGCUCGAGCAAGACCUCGAGAAUGAAAUUCAGCAGCGCGCAGAGACGGACAAGGUUUUGGUUCAGAUCAAGGACAGCCUGCAUACCAGCGAGCAGAACGUGCAGAAGUGGCAGGCCAAGUCGGUGCGUCUUGAAGAGCAGCUUCAAGCAGUGCAGGAACAGCUUCAAGACUUGCGUCAGCAACAAGCGAUCGGCAACGCGAAACGCCCAAGUCGCAAGUCCGCUGGCAAGGAAGGCAGCGUGGCCACGUCUGGUGCUGCCAGUGAGUCCAGCUCCGGUCUUCUCAACCGUGUGUCUGUCAUUGCCGGAAGUACCAUCAGCAAGAUGAUCAAGCGGGAUAACUCGACAGAUCACGCCUCCGUCUCGAGGCAAAGCUCUGUUGGGGAGGCUCCUCUGAUGAAGCAACCCUCUGUGGCCGAGACGUUGGCCAAGCAAAACUCGUUCAACAGCGAGUCGAAAACCCCGCCAGCCUCCAGGACAUCUGGCGUGGUGACGUCGCCUGUCGCUUCUCCUCCCACCUCACGGCGACAAUCGGAAGAUUUUGUUGGUCUUCCUUCUGUUGCUCACGCCGCCGAAGGAGAUGCCGAGAAUGCCGCGGCAGAGUCGCCACAUGCCACGUUCCUGGACGGCUGGAUCAGUGUUCCCAAACCCAAAGGUAUCCGGCAAGGCUGGGACAGACGCUGGGCCCGAUUGAACACGGCCAAGCAAUACUUGCAUUUGUAUCGGCUGCCCGACUCUGCCACCGCCUUCCAGGAAGACGUUGCAGUGCUUGAUCGAUCUGUUGACUUGAGCUUUGGCACGUCGUUUGUGCGAAACAUUUCUGCAGAAGAAAGCCAUCAUGCCGCCUCAAAGCACAAGGCAUUGAUCUUCCAGCUCUGUGUGUCGGUGCCGAUUCAGAAUGCUCGUGAAUCGUUGCGCCAGUCUUCCACUCAGUGGUACACGCAGCCUGAGAAGCAAGCUGUCUCUCAAGGUCCGCCAGUGGUCAGUGUGUCAGCAUCCAAUACUGGCGCCGUGUUCUUUACGCCCGAGCAUGUUCGCAAUCUCGAAACGUUGCUCUUCCUGGCCAGUGAUCAGAAUGACAAGGCUCGCUGGAUGAUGUCUCUUGAUGCGAACGCCGCCCCACAUGAGGACAUGAGCGGCAUGCUGAGUGACGACGAGUGAAACAGCACCGAAAGUGCUGGAUGUUUUAUUUUUAUGCUGUGGUUUUUGUCGUUCAUGUACGGUCUGUUGUUUGUGUUGCAAUGGCUUUAAUUUUUGACCUUGUCAGAUGUUAUGGCUCGAAGAUAGUACAUUGUCGUUGUUUUGCUGAAUCUUUUGGUGAUGCUGCUCAAGUUCCCGU